AUGUACACCAUUGACAAAGAGGAAUUCAUCGCCCAGCUACACAUGUUUAGCUUCUCGGUUGCGGAAGAUGAUCAGAUUCUGUGGGAUAAAAUAACCGAAAUAAGCCACAAAUACGGUCUCAACGCUGAAGAUUUUUCUAACGCGUGGAUUGCGUUUGCCAGCUCCUACAAUUUCGAUGAAUUGAAUCAAGUGUCGUUGAUUCAGCUGGAAAAAAAUCUGCAGAGAAGGCGCGCUGUUCAGCCGAAACCGAAGACUGGCAAAUCUUCAUUGGCUUCCACUGACCUGCUCUUGGAUGAUGACGAGGUUGAAAUGCCAGAAGAAGAGACAUCGGAAUUUUUAGCGCAGUACGGAGUACUCGACGUAAGCAUCUGA